ACGGUGCGGGGCCGCAGGUGCCGCUUUUCGGGCGCUGUUCGGGAGUAGGAUUUUAGACACCUGUGAUUAUUGCGGAGCCUGCUUCCAGCCCGUGCCACCCGUGGUGCAAACGUUAAUAUAAUUCCCGCGGGUUUUAAAUAAUAUUGCCCUUUCUGGAGUGCAGGUACGGGCAUAAUUCGCAGGUGCAGUAUAUAUUGUAUAUGUUAAUGGCAGAUGUUGAGCUUUGAUGUGCAGUUGGAGGAUAUCCCCCUUCCUUUCCCUCUUUCCCUCUUUCCCCUUCUCCAGGAGAAGUAUCUUUUUCACAAGAAGGUGUGGAAAACACCGCAAAAAUGUUUAAAAGGUGGUUCAUCUUCCUUCUAUCAGCCUUCUCCAGCUGGUCAAUGCCUUUUGUUGCAUCGGGAUUCCUCCUGCCUUAUCUGCCCUGACUCUGAAUGCAUUUGGGACCUCAGCCCAGGGUGUGAAUCCAGCGCCCUGGUCAGCAGGUACCAGCAGGACCAGCAGCGCGCUUCCCAUUGCACAACUGGAAACUCGUGUGUCCCGGAGCAUGACUCAACCUCUUUUGAUGCACUUCCCUGAACGCUGAGGAGUAAUGAGACACAUGUUACAUUUUAUGGGGAGGCGUUAUGAAGAUGAUGCUGUUCCCCCUGCCUCUGCGGGUCGCCUGCAGUCUGCUUGCCUGGCUCUCUCUCUACGCUUGGUUCUGCCGUCGCUACAAGCACCGGAAUUACGAAUGGAGCUGCAGGCUGGUCACGCUGACCCAUGGCAUCCUCGCUACCUGUCUCUCUGCUUACAUUGGCUUCAUUGAUGGGCCCUGGCCUUUGAGUCACCCGGGAUCACCAAACACAACUCUUCAGGUACACGGGCUGUGCCUUAGUUUGGGCUACUUCCUCUUCGAUCUUUGUUGGUGUGUGUACUUCCAGACAGAGGGUGCCCUGAUGCUGGCUCACCAUCUGGUGAGCAUCUUGGGCAUCACAGCAUCGCUGGCACUCGGGGAGUCAGCUGCGGAGGUCAAUGCCGUCAUCUUCGGUAGUGAGAUCACCAACCCGCUGCUGCAGGCCCGCUGGUUCCUGAAGGAGAUGGGUUGUUACCACAGUUUCACAGGAGAUGUGGUGGAUUUUUUCUUCGUGGUCCUCUUCACCGGGGUGCGGAUUGGAGUGGGGGCCUGGCUGAUGUACUGUGAGCUUGCUUCUCCCAAACCCAGGUGGUACAUUAAGCUGGGAGGCGUCAUCAUGUACGCUGUCUCCUGGGUUUUCAUGGUCAGCAUCUGUCGUUUCGCUAGGAGGAAAAGCAUGAAGAAGUACCACGCGUGGAGGAGUCGGAGGAGUGAUGAGUUAUACUUGAAAACUAACGGGCAUCUGAAAAACCACUGACUGGAUGCUGAGUAAAGACUUCCUUGAGUUCACAAUCUGGCAAGAAGGGGAUCGUGCCUGAAAUGCCACCGUCGGGAGAGGAGCCAACACACGUUAGCAAUUCUGGAGCCAAAUUUAUCCCUGGCAUAACUCCACUGGAAUCCAUGGAGCUAUGCCAUGGAUUCACUGGAUCUGCAGUGUUUGGCCUGGCAGAGGCUGGCUCGGUGUGUACGUCAGCAUAUACUAAAUGAUAUGAGUGAAAGAAGGGCUAAUUUUAAAGACUACGCAUAACUAGUCCAGCAGUGCAGGUGUAAAUAGUAAUGUUAGUAGUUAACUCCUUCGGCACUGGUAGAAUCUUGGGAGAGAGAAGAAAAUAACACUAGAUCUUCUUGUUCAGUGUCCUGUACAGUCUAGACAGCUAGAGUGACUCUUUCUACUGUUAGGAAGAAGCAUGUUUUAGUGUUUCAUCAGAGUUGGGAUUCCUGGCUCUUCCACCAAGUUGUUAUGUGACCUUGGGCAAGUCACGUAACUCUAACUUUGUGCCUAAAUCCCCCAUCUGUGAAGUGGGGGCGAUGGAGCUUAUCCAUCUGUGUUAUGCACUUUCAGAUCUUCGCUUGAGAGGUGCUAUAUAAAUGAAAAAUGAUGGUUGUUAUCUGCACUUUGUUCACUAUCCCUGUCUUUCCUUUGGGAGAAAGGAUUUUGGUGGUUGAGCUAGAGUGUGACUUUAGAAAGCGCGGUAUUUUAUUUAGGUAGGUUGUUGUUUCCUACCCUUUCUAAUUCCUUUUAAUAACUUAUUUAAUAAUGUAUCGAUAACUUAUUUUUCAGUAGUGUCCAGAAGCUCUAAUUGGCACUGGCACCUUGCAGGACUCGGUGCCCUGUGAAUACACCCAAAGACACAGCUCCUGAUGUGAAAUGCUAUUCUGACUUUUUUCCCUCUUCUUCAUCCCUGACUGUUAAAACUCUGCCCACCCUCUCCAAAUACUGCUUUUAGCUCGAGUGACCAGUGCUCUCCAUUACGAGAAGCCCCAUCAGGACUUGCCAGUAAGUGGUUUUCUGGCUGAUGGACCAAAUCCUAAUUUGUCUGCAGAAUGCCAAAAUUCCCUUUGCUGUGCUUAUUGACCCAAAUGCAGGCGGAGUGUGGAGCCAGGCUGAGACCAGACGGCUUGCCUUGAGAUUGUCAGACAAAUUCCUUCCCCCAGCUGUAAGUAACUUUUAAAAAUAAGGACAGUAAAUGCAGAGUGCAUUGCUGCAGCGAUCUGCAAACGAUCUGUACUCGCUGGUUUUGGCAACCUAAAGGGAAGAGGGGCCAGAACCUCAUUUGUAGUUGCCAUUGAAGUGUCAUCCCAGAUUCAGGUCAGUGUAUCUGAACCCAGAGGCUGCCACAGCAUUUGUGGGUAGUGGAGUACUGUAGGUGAACGUCUGGAAGCUCUGUGGAAAAUUGAUUGAAAACCACUCAAAAUUAGCAUUGGUGAUUUUUCCCCAGGACCAUAAAUACCAGUUUUGACAAGAGUGUUUCUUCAGAUCCAAAUUGGGAUUUCUGGCUGAAAAGUGACCAGCGUGCAUCUUCAAAAUUUGGUGGCUAAGGUGGGAGAGCUACCCAGCUUCAAACCUGUCCUCUGCCCUGUUCAAACCGGAGACCUAACCUUGGCUCUCCUUCGUCUGAAUUGAUGCCUUGACCCCUGGGCUUUCUGUCUCCCUGAUUGGGUCACUUUAUAAAAGUGAGCAUUUAUAGGGUAAGAGAGACUUAUUUUACGGCCUAAUAAUUAAAGAAGCUAGAGGCACAGAAUCUGGCUUCUUUUAAACAAAAAAGUGAACCUGACUGGGAGGA